GUCAUAGUAGCAUCAUUUAACACAUUUAAAAAUAUUCGCUUAUAUAUUUUCAGACUUAAUUUAACAUUUUCGAAGUUAAUUUCUGUAUAUCCAGCGAUGUAACUGCAGCGUGACCAAUGUCAGCCUUUCAAAACUUAACGAGCUUUAGUUACACGCAGACAAGUUAACGUUAGUUACAGCGUAAGACAAUGCAGCAGCUGGAGUGUGUGUCUCUGCAGGUGUGUGUGAAUGUUCUCGGGCCGCUGGAGUCUGUAGUCCGUCGGUGUCUGGGUCCAGAGGGAGGCAGUGUGCUGUUCACUCGAGACACUGGAGAAACACUCAUCAGCAGACACGGACAGAGAGUUCUCAGCACACUACACCUAGAGCACCCUAUGGCCAGGAUGGUAUUGGACUGCGUGUGCGCACAUGCUAAAUCCACUGGCGACGGCACAAAGUCAUUCAUUCUCCUUCUGUCUGCACUGUUACGAGCAAUUCAGGACUCCACACACAUGCGCCGCAAAGCAUCUUGGAGCAACCCUGCUCUUCAAAAUCUUGCUAAUCGCCUGUUGGCGCUCAGUAGGAACGAACUGGAUGAUAUCAUAAUACACCAAAUUACCCCAUAUGCCUCAUCAUACUGUAGUCACCAUAGCGACAAACUAGAGCACAGCAUCCUAGAUUUGUUGAUCGGCGGGUAUAUAUCUGGAAGAACAGGAGCUGGCCAGGCGGAAAUCCUAAAACGUAUCCUGUGUGAGUUUUUCUACAAAUCCAGACGAGAUCAAAACACAACCGAAACGAUCUCAUUCAUACAUUCACACUUUGAUCUCCUGCACAUGCGAGUGACUGGACUUCCUAUUGGCUGCUCGGAGGUGAUCGAAGGCCUGGUUGUGACCCGUGAUUGGUCAGUGUGGACUGAAUUGCAAGGUCCUAUAAAAGCGCUAGUUUUAUAUGAGUGUUUUGGAUCAUCUCUUGGUGAUAAUAUAACCAUAUGCUUUCAGCAAGACUGGUUGAGUCGCACAGAGAGCAUCACAAAGCAAAAGUUAGCACGUUUACUAGAAUUACAGGUGAAUGUAUUGCUGUCCUCUGUGAAGCAGCCGGAGUGUGUGUUACAAUGGGCUCGAAUGAACCACGUCGCUCUACUUGAGGGUGUCGACUCGGACCAGUUAGACUUUCUUUGCAACAUCAAUUUUCCAGAAACACUUUCUCAUCCACAACACAUUGUGACGUUAAAAUACUGUAAGCGUUUGCAACUGGGUGGACUUCACUGCGCCCAAUUGGGAAUAUAUUCAAACGCACACACGCUUGUUCUUUGCGCACCGGCGCCAGGAUUGCUUGAUCAGACUGUGUGUGUGAGUCGAGGUGUUUUUGCAAUGUUACAACAUCUCUCUCAAACCCUUGAAUCCAAUCAGUCCCAGAGUUCUUCUGUUGACCAAUCACAAUGUGCAUCUGAGGACCUGUGGGGGGCAGUUAUGCGCGCUGGUGGAGUUCUUCCUGUCGGUGGUGUGUUUGAGUUCCUGCUACAUCACUUUUUGUUGACCAGGUCUAACUGUGACCCAGUGAGCUCCAGGCUGCUGGCGGAGGCUUUGUUGUGUGUGCCUAGAGCUUUAUAUGCACACAAUCACAGACGUUUCUUGAACAUCCAGACUCGUUUCUUAAAUGAUCUUAAGAAAUGGGACAGAACUGGUGUGGGAGAGUCUGAUGUUCAAUUUGAGUUGGGGUUUAGUGAGGGUUUGUGUCUGGAGUCGGUCGGUGGGAAACAACAGCUGGUUGUUUCAGUGUUGGAGUGUUUGCACAGACUUUUAUGUGUAGGGGCUGUUUUACACACACGCUCUCCGUUACGCCCUCAGAUAUACUCUGAGGAGGAUGAGGAAGAGGAGGAAGAAGUGCAUUCAAACUCCAUUCAGAUGCUGACAUCUUACCUGUGAAAGCAUCACUCGUCUGUCCUGAUUUCGAAAGAAAGGAAUAUAUUUGUGCAGAAUUUUUAGCGCAUGUUGCUUAAAAAUGGCAGCAGUGUAGAGGACACAUUCCAGCAUUGACACGGAUUUGUUGAAAUUUCUGUAUACAAACAUCACCCCCUCCUCAGAAGUUGUACCUACAGCACAGACCAAAUGAGGUAAAUAAUGCAGACAUUACAGAACAUUCAUCCCAGAUCAGUUCUUUGUGUCGCAGUUUAACUAGUGUUUAUCAUGGAAUAUGCUGGAGAGUUAACAGAAAGUAACAGAGACCUAGUAUAACAGGCUUAUAACUCUGCCAGUGGCCUUUUUGGAAGGCUGUGAUUGGCUGUUCCAGGAUCAGCUGUCCAUCAAUGAAUGGCCCCCAUGUCUCAAAAACCUCCAGGAAACGGAAGGGAUUGAUGAUCUUAGAACCUUUAAAAGGAAGAAUUAGAUUGGAGUUAUUAUUUCAGUGUUUGUACAUGGACUUUAUGUACGAUUACAUGGCUUUCUUUGAUUCUGAUUGGUCAUAAAAUUCUGCAGUCAGAUAUUUUGAGGUAAUGUUUUUU